UGAGCCUAAUCAACAUGAAUUUUUUAAUCAUUACUCUCAGCCUGGUAGGUUUGGGUGCAGCUGCCCAACAACCAAGCGAAGCUGCUGCUUUGAUUCUUAAGCAGGAUAGUCAAGUAUUCUUCGAUGGGUCGUACCAUUCGUCAUUCGAAACCGAAAAUGGAAUUUUUGCCGAGGAAGAAGGUAAUUUGAAAAAUACUGGCAAGGCUGAUGCCGAAGCUGGAGAAGUACGUGGAUUCUUCCAGUAUACCGCCCCAGACGGUUCCUUGGUCCGAGUUGAGUACACAGCGGACGAAAACGGCUUUUCCCCCAAAGGUUCACAUCUUCCCACCCCUCCUUCAAUUCCGCCAGAGAUUCUCAGAGCGCAGCAAUACAUUGCCGCUCAAGGUCAAACAGAACAAGAACUGCCUUACAGGAGAGUCUAAUUAGAUCUUAAAUAAUCAAACUCUCUUAUUUAAAGAUAGUACUAGGUUUCAAUGAACCAAUAUCGCCAUUACUAUGUUAGCUGCUGAAUGCUUAUUACGUCACAUAAACAAAAAAUAUACGUAACUAAAUUAUAAAUACAAACAUAAUUACUUGAUUUGUGUAAUUAUUUUACUCCAUUUUACUUUUAAAAAUUGAAGAACUCGAAAGCUUUCUUUAUAAUAAAAUAUAGCAAGUUUAUGGCAUAAUGGGCAGAUAAAUAGUUGUAGUUAAGUUGAAGUUUACUCUACCUAGGUGCGAAGCUUUCUGUUAAUUAACGGGCUUCGAAGCUGAUGAUACGCAUAAUAAAAAUAAAAUUUUAUU